CUGUUUUGAGCAAAAUGUGCAGAAGAAUGAGCUAGUAAUGGCUGUGGCAGAAGCAAGAACUGCUUGGCAAAGAGCAGUUAAUCGAUGUUUGGUCCAGGAAGAUGCCAAACGAGCUCCAAAGUUGGCAUGCUGCUCAUCAGCAUCACCCUCAGCAAAACAGGUUGAUGCUGGACCUGCAAAUGGUGCCGAUGCACAAAAUCCUUCUGGCACAUACUUCAUGCCUUUUGACAGGAACUCUUCAUAUUGUGAUUUAUCCCCUAAUUCAAGAUGGUGGCUGCAUCUUCAACCUAAUUAUGGGUAUCAAAAAGGCUUAGUGAGUGAACUGGUAGAUUCUAUUGAAGCAGAGAUGGAGAAUAUUGGACCAGAUUUAGAUUCAAUCCCUAAAUAUAACAAGUUGUGUGAUCAGAAUGAAGCAGAUAGUAGUUGUAUGGAUAAAUUUACUGUAGGUGGAUCUCUAGAUUCUCAGGUUACAAGAUCUGCAAGCUAUGUAAACAAUGACUUGGGAGUUGGAAGCAAAGAACUGACAGAUGUGUUUACUGAGAUUUCCAAGGAUAGUCCUAACCUCGAGGACACAGGGUAUCCCAAUGAAGCAAGUAAGAAAGGUCUGGUUGAUCUCACAGUCGGAAAGCAGAUAGAUGAGCUUUCAUUUGAUACAGAAUAUCCCUGGAUUGGUGUUGAGAAAACAGAACCAUGGUGGCGAACUGCAGACACAGAGGAACUUGCUUUAUUGGUUGCACAGAGAUCACAUGAUUUUAUGGAGAAUUGUGAUCUUCCCCAGCCUCAGAAUAAUUUUGUUAAACAAGACCGCGACGUGGAUGUUGACAGUAAGAUUUAUGCUUCUUCUACGGGUUCGAAAGCUGGAAGUAUGCGCCAGCAGAAUACGAAUAUUUAUAAACGUGGCAAUCUUUCUUUUGAACGCCCGUCACAGUUAGAUGCUGAAGGGAAGUUGCAGCUUCACACUUGCAAGUCAUCAAGUUUGAAGAACAGUGACACCCCUAGCCAAAAGGUUGUGCCUGAAAUGAACACAUCUGGAGAUGAUGAAAGCAAGGCCCAACUACUAAAAGCACUUCGUCAUUCUCAAACGCGUGCUAGGGAAGCUGAGAAUGCGGCAAAGCAAGCCUUUGCGGAGAAGGAGCACGUUGUUCAGCUGGUCUUUAGACAAGCAUCACAACUUUUUGCCUACAAGCAAUGGUUCCAGCUACUGCAACUAGAGAACUUCUACUUCCAGAUUAAAAACAACAAAAAACAGCCAAUGUCGACCAUGUUACCAAGGGUGCCCCAGAAAACUAAGAGACCGCAGAAGUCGUCUGCUAGGGUGAAACGAGCCAAACGUGGCCGUCCCAAGUAUGACUUGAGCAGAUAUGCAGUUGUUUUUGCAUUAGGUUUGGGUCUUGUUGGUGCAGGUUUGCUUCUUGGGUGGACAGUCGGGUGGAUGGUACCGACGUUCUGAGCUGUGUAGAUUGUAUCCAAUUUUCCUGUUAAUAGUAGUUUUGUAAAGAUUGGUUUACAGGGGAGUUGACUGAGUGGUUGUGUCUAUGUAUGUUAGUUGUAUGAUGAUGAUCAUUUCUCCAUUUACUUUGGUCUCAGCUUUUAGUACUUAAAUUGAAAUUAAAUACUGAGCUUUCCCUCAGUUUGUACUUGAAGACAAGCAAGCAUGUAUAUAUUUUAGGCAGAAUCGUGUUUUUUCCUCAC